CGAGCUCAUUAAUCUUCAUCGAUCAAAGUCUUUAAGUUUUCUAAAGGCAAGAAAUAAGUUACAAAGUUUUAUUUUAGAUUCAAAGAAAGAAAAUGGAUUCUUACCAGAACCAAUCCGGAGUGCAAAAGAAGGGAAUGACGGAGAAAAUCAUGGAGAAGCUCCCAGGUCAUCAUGCACCUCGUCAAACCGGAGCCAGCACUGGCUAUGGUGCUACUACCACCGGCGGUGUUCACCACGAGAAGAAGGGCAUGACGGAGAAGAUAAUGGAGAAGCUCCCAGGUCAUGCACCUCAUCAGACCGGAGCCAACACUGCUUAUGGUGCUACUACCACUGGCGGUGUUCACCACGAGAAUAAAGGGAUGACGGAGAAGGUUAUGGAGCAGCUGCCAGGCCAUCAUGGGUCACACCAAACUGGUUAUGGUAACACUGGCGGCGUUCACCACCACGAGAAAAAAGGCAUGACGGAAAAGAUUAUGGAGAAACUACCAGGUAAUCAGGGGACUAACACGGGCUAUGGUGGUGCUACAAACACUGGUGUCGUUCACCACGAGAAGAAAGGUAUAGCAGAAAAAAUUAAAGAGCAGUUGCCUGGUCAUCAUGGAACUGGAACCACUACGAGUUAUGGUAAUACUGGUGGUGUUGUUCAUCACCACGAGAAAAAGAGUACGAUGGACAAGAUCAAAGAGAAGCUUCCUGGUAGUCACUAAUUAACUAGAAUCGUUCUAAUUAACAAGUUGUUUCAAGAAUAUUUCAGUAUCUGUGUUGUAUUAUUACGUAUUCCUACAAUAUAUGAUGGUAUGUGGCUUUUGAAUAAAGCGCGUUAUGCGUGUAUGUAAGUGAUCGGUUCGUUGAAUUAUUAUAUAAGUUUCCACUUUUGGUUUCGUUUA